GUUGGUGAUCGCGCUCCCCUCGGCUCGGGGCUUUGAAAGCAGCAGCAGAUCGCCUGUCCCACAGCCUUUUGUCUCCUCCUGGGACAGAGCCUGUGGACUAGACAGUUAAGAAGACUUUCGAGAUGUCCUCCUGUUCUCCAGCACCCACAGCGCAGCAUAUGAAGGGCACGGGCAGAUCUGGAGAUGUCGGCAGACUCAUUUGGAGCAGGCAACAGCGAUGCCCAGCAGAGCCUACAGUCCUUUUGGCCCAGAGUGAUGGAAGAAAUCAGGAAUCUUACCGUGGAUUUCCGUGUGCAAGAGCUUCCUCUUGCUCGCAUCAAGAAAAUUAUGAAAUUGGAUGAGGAUGUGAAGAUGAUCAGUGCUGAGGCACCAGUGCUGUUUGCCAAAGCAGCACAGAUCUUCAUCACAGAGCUCACUCUCAGAGCCUGGAUUCACACUGAGGACAACAAGCGGCGCACACUACAGAGGAAUGACAUCGCCAUGGCCAUCACUAAGUUUGAUCAGUUUGACUUCCUCAUUGAUAUCGUCCCCCGCGAUGACCUCAAGCCUCCAAAACGACAGGAGGAAGUGCGUCAGUCCGUCGCCCCGACUGAGCCGGUCCAGUAUUACUUCACUCUGGCGCAGCAGCCCAGUGCAGUGCAGGUCCAAGGUCAGCAGCAAGGCCAGCAGGUGGCUGCUCCCACCACCACCACACUGCAGCCCGGACAGAUUAUCAUCGCUCAGCCCCAGCAGGGCCAGGUAUUGCAAGGAACCACCAUGCAACAGCUGCAACAGGUGCAGGUUGCUCAAUCACAGGCGACCCCUAUCACGAGUGCUCCGGUGACUAUGCAGGUGGGCGAAGGUCAGCAGGUGCAGAUUGUGCAGGCUGCUGCACAGGGACAGGCUCAGGCGCAGGCAGCACAGUCGGCUGGACAGACUAUGCAGGUUAUGCAGCAGAUCAUCACCAACACGGGAGAGAUCCAGCAGAUUCCAGUGCAGCUCAACACCGGCCAGCUGCAGUAUAUUCGCUUGGCUCAGCCUGUCUCAGGAGCACAGGUGGUUCAAGGACAAAUACAGACACUUGCAACAAACACUCAGCAGAUUUCACAGACAGAAGUACAACAGGGUCAGCAACAGUUCAGCCAGUUUACUGAUGGGCAGCAGCUGUAUCAGAUCCAGCAGGUGACGAUGCCUGCAGGGCAGGAGCUGACCCAGCCUAUGUUCAUUCAGUCCACCAACCAGACGGCCGACGGCCAGGUCACCACGCAGGUCAGUGCGGACUGAGGCUGUCACCAACCACCAACUACAAUGAAGGAGAGGAGCCGCCACACACCAACACCCAGUCCUUCCACUUCCCUUCAUCUCAUGCCAUAUUUUGAUCAAGUUCUCCAACUGGUUUAAUUCAGCAAUCAAAUAAUAAACUUCAGAUUUAAGCUUCAUAAUUUACCGUCCAAAAUACAUGUAUUGCUGUUUUGGUAACAGAGUUUAGGUCUCUUUACUACAGUGCUGGAAUGAUCAAUGUGUAAUGGCAGAGAUUUGAUUUCUGCCAUAUUAAUUUCAACUCUGUCUUUUGCAAUAUGGCUAAAAAGUAUGAACCCACUGUCUUCCUUGCAGUAUAGGUAGAAUAUGUCCUUGUUUCAUAGUUUAAUGUGGAUAUGGGUAGAGAUUAUGCUUUCAGAUCUGUUCAGUGAUAGAGACAUUAGGGUGAGGCUUGUGAAACCUGAGCUGGAGGGCACUUCUUUUGUG